AUGAGGCCGACCAGCUCAGUGCCCAACAUCUCCGUGCCCUCCUCCAAUCCACAAUUGGGCAUGAUCCUCUUAAGGCAUGGCCCCGAGUAUGAUUCUCGGUUUCGGAAACGUGGACAUGCGUAUGGCGCGCUUUCACUUUUGAUCUGCAUUUUGCUCUUAGCUGAAAAUCCAGUCUCGCGCACCUUUUGCAGACGAAAAGUCGCAGCUACCUGUUCAUUCUUUGUCUCUAAUGGUUUGCGAGUACUUUUCAAAGCUGAUGAAGAGGAGAUAUCUGGUAUUUGGGGCAACGAUGUCACGAUCCUGUCUUCUGUGGGACGUGGUCUGUUCAGCUACUCCAAGAAAUCGAGGCAAUUUGGGGACUGGGAGGACUGGAAGAAUGGAGAGUAUCAUGCCUUCACUUCAGCCAUUAAACGAAUCAAGCAGUUGCCAAAUAUCAGAGCUAUCGAGCUGCACUUUAGCGAGAAAUGUAAAGGCCGGUGGUCCAAUCUUCAUGACGCGUGGGACGACGUCGAGCCCAGCGAGACCCGACUAAACACACUUAAGGCGGUUUUCGAGGCCAUUCGGGAACGUGCAGUUCAGUCUAAUGCCGAAGUCAGCACAAUUCGGUCCUUGACGAUUCGAAACCUCCAAAACAUGCCGCAUCAAGAAUUCGUCAACUCUGGUCUUUUCAAAGACGUCGCCAAGGACAUCGACCAUUACCACCUGUUGAUUACAGAGGAGUACAAUGAACACGGCCCAGACCGCGACACAUUUAUGGAAGAGCGCCUGGAGUUCGAGAGCCAUCUGCAGCGACAAUUUCUUCCUCACUUCGCGGCUAAUCUCACCGCUCUGACCUUGAACUUCCACGAGUGUUGGGGCACCAUGCCGGGAUACUUCGAUGGGGCAGGCCUAGAGUUCCCUCGCCUAAAGACGCUGAACCUGGGAAACUUCGUCAUCAGCAACAAUCGUCAUUUUGACUGGGUUCUCUCACAGAAAUCGCUCGAAACUUUGCGUCUGGACAGCUGUCAUAUUAUUUCUCACAUUCAGGUUGACACUGAGGAAACCAAGGAGUGGCGUAUUCACACGGAAGACUGGCAACGCCUGCCAAAAGGCUCGUACGGCAUCUCGUAUGACAAUGCUGAGCUCUACAGGUUCGAUGGCACGUGGGAGUCUACUUUCGACAAGAUCCGAAACAAUCUUCCCUGCCUCAUGGACUUUCGCUUUGAUGGGCAGUUCUACGGACUUCACUUUCUCCGUCCUUCAAGGAUCGAUACCGUGCUGCAUCCGAGUCGGUACAUCAACUUCGACGCAGGAACCUGUCCUAGUCCAUGGUUGACUUCAAAUAGUGAGACUGGUGAGAUGGAGUUUGGAGAUUACGAGUGUUCUGUGAACCGCUCUGAAGAAACAAAGGAGGGCGACACCAGAGCGUUCAGAGAUCUUCUCAGUGCCUGCCAUGAGAGGCAUAAGUAGUGUAAGGUGGAAUUGACGGUAGGGCGAUACCCAUAUCGCGCGGAAUUCAGAACAGACAAUAGAUACAGCAAAUUGGAAGAAUUCCAUGAAGACUUAAGACUUUUCAUAGCGUAGAUUGAUCCGGGUUACAAGACUCUAAGUCCUGCCGUUUUUCAUUUCAAAUACACACGGCUACAUAUGCAGAAGUAAAAUCUGCAACAUGAAAUACAUGUUUGUCACCAACACCAUCAUCUAGCUUAGCUGUACCAAACAACAUUAGCCGGUCCUGAUGCCAAUGCGAGGUGCGCAAC